GGGUCAGCUGACUAUGAGCUGUCAUGUGGUGUUCACGGACAAAGACAUUCAGCGGAAAAGCGGGAGGAUAAACAACACAUGUUAACUCCGUCUAAAGGAGAGCAAAUCUUUUUUGUCCUUUCCUGGUUUGUUUCACUUUUCCAGCAUGGCUUGGACACGAUACCAACUGUUCCUUGCGGGGUUAAUGCUCACAACUGGCUCCAUCAACACAUUAUCGGCUAAAUGGGCUGAUAUGUUCUCAGCUAAGGGCUGCCAUGAUGGGCCUGAACACGACUUCUCACAUCCAUUUGUACAGGCUGUGGGGAUGUUCCUUGGUGAGUUCAGCUGCCUUGUGGUCUUCUACAUCUUGCUUCAUUAUGACAGACGGAGACCAGAACCCCAGAUGAACCCGGGCCAGAGCUUCAACCCUCUCCUGUUCUUCCCUCCUGCAAUGUGCGACAUGUUGGCCACUUCCAUCAUGUAUGUUGCCCUCAACAUGACGAGCGCCUCCAGCUUCCAGAUGCUUCGCGGAGCCGUCAUCAUCUUCACCGGUCUUCUUUCUGUGGCUUUUCUGGGGCGCCGGUUAUCGCCCAGCCAGUGGGUGGGCAUAUUCAUCACCAUCCUGGGUCUGGUGAUUGUGGGACUCGCUGACUUCCUAAACGGCCACAAAGACGACUCUCACAGGCUCAGUGACAUCAUCACCGGUGACCUCCUGAUCAUCAUGGCUCAGAUCAUCGCUUCAGUGCAGAUGGUUCUGGAGGAAAAGUUUGUCUACAAACACGACGUCCAUCCUCUGCGGGCGGUUGGAACUGAAGGAUUGUUUGGUUUCAUUGUCCUGACGCUCCUCCUCUUCCCCAUGUACUUCAUCUACGUCGGUAACUUCAGCAACAACCCCCGCCACGUCCUGGAGGACGCCUUGGACGCCUUCUGUCAGAUCGGAUACAAGCCGCUCAUUCUGCUCGCCCUGCUGGGAAACACGGUCAGCAUCGCCUUCUUCAACUUCGCCGGGAUCAGCGUCACCAAGGAGAUCAGCGCCACCACCCGCAUGGUGCUGGAUAGCCUGCGGACGCUGGUCAUCUGGGUGGUGAGCCUGGCUCUGGGUUGGGAGGAGUUCCAAGGCCUGCAGGUUCUGGGGUUCUUGGUCCUGCUGCUCGGGACAGCGCUCUACAACGGGCUGCAUCGCCCCCUGCUGGCCAGGAUACCGUGGUGCGCUCAGAGGAUGGACUUGGAGGAGGAGAGCAGCUCAGGAGAGAGAGAUAGGCUGCUGGCCAGUGAAGACACAUAAAACUCAAAUCACAGUGAAAGUUCACUUUUUUAGGAUGUUUUACUCGUCUUUUAUUCAUUUUUUUUUUGUUUACCUCAGAUUCGAAUUAAUCCAAGUUAAAGUGAAACAGCACUUGUUUUCCUUCUUGCAGCAAGUUAAAUGAGAUCACUUCUAACAUGUUUACUCAACAAAUUAGCCAGCUUGAAAACUUUCAUUUUAAUGCAGAAACUCCCCAAUGAUGUAAAGAAUUUACUAAAUUCAAACUGAAAGAUUGCUCAGGAGUUUUGUUGAUUGUGCAGGGUACUUCCACACUAAGGCUAGCACUUCUUCAUAUUUCAUCCAAAACGUUUAUAUAAAAGUCAAAGUAAAUGUGCACAACUCUGCCAGGGUGCCUCGUUACUAGUUUUUGGGAAGUUUUUCAUCUAACAUUCUGCAAGAGAGGAAAUUCCAAAUCUCUAAAUGUCAAAACAUUAACCAGAAAAACGAGCAGGCAGAAGACGAAACUCCUCCAUAAGAGUAGAACGUUUUCUUAAUGGAGACUUUUAAUCUAAAAUACUGUAAAAAACUAAAAAGUUAUCAAUCAUUCAGAUAUUAAAGUGAUUAUUAAGUUUCGGUUUUGUUUUAAUAACAAAACUUUAGCAGGUUGUUUUGAAAUUUAUGCUCAAAAAAGUGCACAUUUUUGCAUAGCUAUUUUAAAUAAAAAUAGGAUUUUUUUUCUCAUUCAGUUGAAGCCUUCAUUUUGUUCAUGAAGUAGUUUCUUUAUCUUUUUUUUUUACUCCUAAUGAUUGUGCCAAUUUUAUGUUUCCUUAAAGAGAGAACUCACACUUUUUUGGCAUUACCCGUUUUUAAGAGUUUUUUCCAUUUUUUUCUUAUAUGUAUUAAGAUGCUGGAUGUAAUUUAAUUACAGACAUGAAAAAAACUUUGACAUGUAGUUUUAGGACUUUUAUAAGGAGAUCAGAUCUUGUUAACCCUCUCAGGCUCAAAAUAAGUUUUGAUAAAAGGACGAACUACAAAGUCCUUCAGGGGUACUUCUGAGUUGAAAAAUGCUCAUGAAAAACGUAUGUGGAGUAACCAGGUAGGUAGGUUUUAACUGUUGCAAAUCUGCAACGCCUGCCUCCAGAGGGUUAAAUGAUUUACAAAAGAAAGUAAUGCUCCUACUAUAUUAAAUAAGGUAUUAGAUGCCAUAUAUAAACUAAAGGGAGCUUUUAAGUCACACGUUUUUGUUGCAAUUCGAACUUUUCCUCAGGUGUGUGCAGGAAAAAACGUGUUUAUUAAAUUAAAUGAUAAUAAAGGAAAAUGUCACAUUUGG